AUGCAAUCUGGCCCAUCACCAAACAUAGAUUUAACUCUUUUAUCAUCGAUGCUUUCAGACAUGAAUUCCAAAUCCUUUCCAGACCUGUUUCCAACAUCUUUGACACUGCCUCCUAUCAAGAGCCUUAUUGAUACAAAACCUGAAGAAGAUAUAGAAAUGCCUCCACAAUCUCCUGUACAGUCUCUGAAAGCUAAAAGACGCCGAAAGACUCAAAAAAUAACAGCCUGUCAACAUCAAGAUAAAAAACACUAUGCAAGAGGUAUGUGUAAUUCCUGCUAUCAUAGAUAUGGCAGGGAGACAUAUGCGUGACUUUGUGAGCACACUAAAAGAAAGCUAUAUGCAAAAGGUAUGUGCGAGCCAUGCUACAACAAGCAGCAUGCGGAAACCGGUACCAAAAUUAGGAUCUCCAAAACGUUAAUGGAUUCCUAUCAAACGACAGAAAUUGAUUCAAUAUAA